AUGGCUUCAGUGCCAGAUUUAGCUCCGUUUCUUAGGAAACCUCGUAUGGGCGUCCCUCAAAAAGUUCGUCCGGUGAUGAAAUUAGAGUGGAAUAAACUAUUGGCUGAAGCCACUGAAAAAGAUGUUGAGUUAAAAAAAGAUAGCAUUGAUGAUGAAGUUUAUUACGAUGAUGAUUUUGAGUUUACAGGGGAAAAUGAAUCAAAUGUCAAAACUAAUUCUGAAGAAAAUCAAGAAGGAAAGCCUUUGAAUUUGUGUAGCAAAUCUCACACCCUUCCGGGUUCUAGCAUUUCUUUUCAGAAAAAUAUUGACAUUCUAGAUUUAUCUGCUAAGAAGGUUAUGCCUGAAAAUAAAAAUGUUAGAAAGUCUAGUGAAUUUAAAAAAAAUAGUAAUUCUAGUUCAUUUUCUAACUUUCAAUUAAAUGAUUUUUCUAAUGAAAAAAUUAUAAAAGAAACAACUAGUAAUAACAGUAAAGAAGUUCAGGACUGCAAUGUUGAAAAUAAAGAAAACUUUAAUAGCAAUUACUUAAAAAAUAUAUAUUGCACACCGUCUAACACUAAGCCUCCAAUUUCUGAACAUAAUGGGAAAAAUUUUCAAGAAAAUGACUUGAUUAAAAGUUGUAAAGUGAAAGAUGUUCAGAAUAAACCAAAUUUAAUUUUUUACAGUGAAAAAAAACUAACAUCAAAGAAUGCCUUAUUGGAAAAAGAAAAAAUUAUCAAAGAAGAAAUUAUUAGAAAACAGGAUUUAAUUUUAAAAAAAGGGAAACCAGAAAUGAAUGAUAAAAUCAAAAAUAUUUCUGAAAAAAUGGUCAAAACUAAACCAUCAUCACAAGUUGCUACCCCAGUUUCUAAAUUUGCUGUUCCUGCUACUCCUAAAUCUAAAGAAUCAUCAAAAGUUUUAGUAAUUAAUAAAAAAUCUUAUCAAAUUUUAGCACCUCUCGGAAAAGGUGGAUCUAGCAAAGUUUAUUUGGUUCUUAAUUCUGAAAAUGAAUUAUUAGCUGUUAAAUGUGUUAGGUUAUCGGAUGUCUCGGAAAGUACCAAAAAUGAUUAUCUAAAUGAAAUUCAACAUUUGAUGAAAAUGCAACACUGCAAACAUGUUAUAAAACUUUAUGAUCACCAAUACCUUAGUUCUCAAAAAAUAUUAUUUGCUGUAAUGGAAAGGGGUGAAACAGAUUUAUCAAGAUUUUUAAAAGACAAAGCAUCCAGCGAUGAAGGUAUUUCUCCAGAGCUGAUUAUGUAUUAUUGGACAGAAAUGCUAAUGGCUGUCAAAAGCAUUCACGAUAACAAUAUAAUUCACAGAGAUUUAAAACCAGCAAACUUUCUUUUAGUUUCCGGUCGAUUAAAAUUAAUAGAUUUUGGUAUAGCUUCUUCUAUACAAACAGAACAAACAAGCAUUUUAAUGGAAUCGCAGUCAGGUACAUUUAAUUAUAUGAGUCCGGAAGCAUUGCAAGAUUUAGGUUUCGAUAAUAAAAUAGUGUUGAAGAUCGGUCGAAAAACAGAUGUUUGGUCAUUGGGAUGUAUUUUAUAUUAUUUUCUAUACAAAAAAACUCCAUAUCAGGAUUUGGUGAAACCUCUGCAUAAGUUAAAAGCAAUUACUGACCCAAAUUAUUCAGUACCUUUUCCAAAAAUAUCCGGAGUUCCAGAUAUUCUCAUUGAAUCGUGUAAAAGAUGUUUGAUACACGACACGAAAAAACGAGCAUCCAUCGAAGAAUUAUUAGCAUUUAGAAAUCGUCCUCUUUUUUCGUUAUCUCAGGUUUUGGGAAAAUUAAAGGAUAUACUUGAUCCGAACGAAUAUAAGAAAGCAGAAAAUGCUUUCGAAGAUGCUUCUAACCGAAUGAAAGGCUAA